AUGUGUGGGGAUCUUAAAAUUACGUAUGGGUGCGGACACUGGGAGAGUCAAUUCACUGAGUGCCCGGCGUUCCGCAAGAAGCGGUCAUCAUUCAUGGCGAAGCUAUUCGGUAGGUCGGGGGCCAAGGACUGCGGUAAGGUCCGGAGGGAGAGGUCGACGUCAACGCGGCCCUGCGAUCAGUGUGCCAUCACAGGUGAUGGCCUGAGCAGCCAGAGAGUUGGGAAUGGCGCUAGAAUCGUUCACCGUCAGUAUGUUGACGAGAGCUUCCGUAAUGAGCGGCAGGACGCCGCUAGGAGCGCUCUCAAGUCGGGCAAGAAGCCUCGUUCUUCAAAGAGCCGCAAGCAUCACGAAGUCAUCUCCAGUAAGAAUAGUGUAUGGUGUCCUGAGUAUUAUCACCACCCCGAGACUGUGGCAGCAGCGAGAUACGGCCGGCCAAGCGCUCCGGCACCACCAGUGGCACCACCUCGGGCUCCGGAGAAAUCCACGAAACCACACAGUACUUCCCAUCGUUCAUCCUCGCGCAAGACGUCGAGUAAGUCGACCGGGCAGGACCGCCGCUUGGGACAUCCAAUCCAGAGCAGGGAGGAGGCCAAGGGUUACUACCCAGCUUUCAGUCCUCUGCAGCCACUCCGUAGACCAGCCGAGCCGAAGCCGGCGCUGGCAUCUCGUAAAAUCCGCGGCCAAGGUAUAGACGGACCGCCACCGUCCCCGUACCAGCCAUACGCGCACGAAGAAAUCGGAUACGCCCACACGUGCGACUACAAGCACUAUCUCCCCAUGGCAGGAGCGCGACCGGCAGCCGGUGCCGCGCCUCCGCUGAAGGCAAGGCCACAGCCCAUACCAGCCCCCAAGCCCUACCACCAGGUGUAUUCUGGUGAGCUCAAGCAGGCCGAGAGGCUGUCCCGGGGACAAUCGUCGCGCGUGCCUGCCCCCGCACCGCAGCAGCAGAAGAUCUCCCGACCUCAGCCGCCCCCGCGCAAGACCAAGCCAGCGGCUGGCUCCUCGGUCCUGCAGAGCUUCGGCCGCGCAAUCGGGAUCGAGGGCGAAAGCUCCGAUGACACCAACUCCGAUAUCUCGUUCGCCUGUGCCGGGGCCAGGCUGGUGGAGUCUCGUGCUCCCCAGCCGGCUCCGAGACGGCGGUGA